GUUUUUCCAUUUCCCUGUUUUGAGCAUUUUUUUCUCUCCAAACGUUCCUUUAUUUUCUUCGUAUAAUUGUAAAUUUGCUGUCUUUUUGGUUUAUUAGGUUGAGAAAAGAAAUGGGAAUUUGUUGUUGCAUUGCUCGAAAAUUGAGUUGUUUGGUUAUGAGUUUGUUGUUUCUGCUAUUUUUGGUUUUGUUAAAAUCGUAAAGUUGUUAAGUGUUUGUGCAGUUUCUGUUCUGUGUUGAAGCAUUUUCAUGGAGGGGUUAGUUGUUUUCCAUCUGUUUCUUUGUGAGAUACGUGGAACGGGUGCUUGGGAAUAAGUGGUUCAGUUGUAUAAACAACCUCUUAUAGAAAUGCAAGGUAAGGUAUAGACCCUUGUGGUCCAGCCCUUCCCUGGUCUUAACACAUAGUGGUAGCUUUAGUGCACUAGGCCGCUGGCCGCCCUCUUUGUGAGAUAGGUUACUUCUUGUAAAUUCACUUUUGUUGUCAUUUGAUGGGGGGAAUCUCAAAAGUUGAGAUAAGCUGCAAUAGCAGUGAUGAUUUGGAAUGCAUAUCAGAUGCUUGUUUAUAUGCUUAGUUCUAAUAUGUAUUUCUGUAAACUAGAAAUCCAUUUGAUGCAAUGAAGUUGGAUGAAAAAUGGAGUGAAGUUUUCAUCAAAUCAGCACUUUUUGGAGUGAAGUUUUCAGCAGAGGAGGAAAGGACUGUGAUUGAACUUCAGGCACAAUUUGGGAACAAAUGGGCUAGAAUUGCUACAUAUAUGUCUGGAAGAACUGACAAUGAUGUCAAGAAUUUUUGGAGUAGCCGGCAGAAGAGAUUGGCUAAGAUUCUGCGGAACUCAGCGCCACAGCCUAAUAAACCACAAAAGUGUAUCCACAGGGAAGCCCCUCCUGCAACUCAAAAAGUUCCCUCAGUAGAGGCACCAAAAUUGAACUCAUCAGCAGAGGAAAGGCCUUUGUCCAUGUCCCAGGAUUGCUCAUCAUCCUAUAUGAAUAACUUCGAGACAACCAGCAUGGUCCCAUUGCGUGAGUUAGUGAAUUCAACUUCACUUCCUUUCGAGCAAGAACUGCUUCCACUUGAGUUCACUCCCAAUGAGAAGAGAACCAGCAUCUGGCCACAGUUUCCGCUCUCUUUCCCUCAGAUUCCGCUCCAAACUACCUUUGAUCAUCCACUAGGACAUCAAGAAUUACCCAUGAAGCUCGAGGAUACCAACUUCCUAGAUUAUUUUGACAUGGGAAAUGUGCAAGUCCCUCUCGCACCAUCGUGUUCAGGACAAGAGAGAACCUCUGAGAUUGCUAUGAAGAGAGAAAUAAUGGACUACCCCCUUACCCCAGAUAGCUUCAUCCAUGACUUCCCCAUGGACAUGUUCGAUUAUAUUGAUCCACUGCCAAGCCCAUCCGAAUGGUGAUACAGUGAUUAUAGUCUAUUUCUAUUUGGGACAGGAAGAAAGGAAAUUGUUACUAGCUUAGCUUGUUAGACAGAUAUGUAGUAUGCAAUAUGAUUGACAUAGUAGCUUUUCUUUGUAUGAGACAAUUUGACCUGGGGCUCUUGACUGCUUCUAACUGUUGCUCAUCUAUUACAUUGAUUACCUUGUGUUCUAUGACAUGAAGAUUU